AUGUCAUUGCCGAAAAAGAGCGUUCAAGAACAAACACGGGAUAACGAGCAAGCAAGCGACAACAAUGGCGCGGCCAAGGGUGCACGAACGUUAUCGGAGAUUUUGCGGGAGGUCAAGAAGCCGGAGAUUCGGCCUGUUCUGCAGUUCCAGAAGCCCUCUGUAGCAGAAAUAGGCCAGCAUCAUUCGCAGCUGCCCGGAGGCGGGAUGGCCAGAGACAGUGGGCCGGUGCGGACAGCGGUGAUGAAUAAUACGUCGCGACCGCCGAGCGCAACACACCAUGAAUGUUUCAUCUGUAGAAAGACGUUUUCGCGGCCCAGUGCGCUCAACACACAUGUGCUGAUCCACACAGGCCACCAGCCUUACAUCUGCGACGUGGCCGGGUGUGGCAAGCGUUUCAACGUCAAGAGCAACCUGAUGAGGCAUAAGAAAAUACAUAAGAAGUCGCAGCAGCAGCAGCAGCAGGAGCGACAGGACCCGCACGGUGAGUAG